AUGGCCUUGCUUCCUUCAGUUGAAGAUAACUUCAGCCCUGGCAAUGAAUGUGUAGAAGAGCCCAAGCUGGGGAGCCACAAGGGCCAAAGGGGUGGCUCUCACAGCCAGGGACACGUCAUUAGCAGCGGUGCCACCACAGGCCAGUUCGAUCAGAACAAGCACCUCACAAAAGAAAUGGUCAAGUGUGUGGCGACCACAGCAGGGGAGCUGCAGUGUGAAUGUGGCUUAGGGCACCGAAUUGGCCAGGCCAUAGGACCAGUGGCAGAUAGCCACACAGAGAUCACAGGCCCUGACCCCAGUGGGUGCAUUCAGUCCACCCGUUCAGGGGAAGAGGGCACCAGAGUGACAGAGUUCCCAGCACUCAGAGGCACCUUAACUGCAUUUGGGAGCAGAGCCACCACAUCCAGGUCAGAAGCAAUUGAAUGCACCAACUCUAACGACGUGGAUGUGAGACAGCAAGUGCCAGUGUCUGCGCCAAACAAUGACCGCUAUGUGGCCGUCUGCCAGCCCCUGCACUACACUGUGGUCAUGCAUCCAUGUCUCUGCCUACAGCUGGUGGCCAUGGCUUGGUGCUGUGGCUGUCUAACCUCCUUUGUCAUGUGUCCCCAGACAAUGCAGCUUUCCCAAUGUGGGUGUUGCAGGGUGGACCACUUCCUGUGUGAGACGGUUCUCAUCACCAUAUCCUGUGAAGACACUGUGCUGGUGGAAGCAUGCCUUUGUCCUGGGGGAUGCCCUGCUCCUCCUGCCCCUCGGCCUGAUCCUCAUCUCCUACAGCAUGAUGACCGCUGCUGUACUGAGGAUCAAGUCAGCAGCAGCACUCAAGAAGACUUUCAGCACCUGCUCCUCUCACCUAGCAAUGGUCUCCCUCUUCUAUGGGACCAUCAUCUACAUGCAGCUGGCCAGCAGCUACUCCUAGGACCAGGGUAAGUUCCUCACCUUCUUUUAUACCAUCGUCACUCCCAGCAUCAACUCCCUCAUCUACACUUUGAGGAACAAAGAUGUGAAGGGAGAGAUAAGGAAGCUUCCGGGGUGAGAGAGCGAUAA